AUGUCUUUUUCAUAUAAAAAUUUCUCUAAGUUUUUGCUAGGUGGCCUUUCAGUUGGCUGUGUAGGUGGAUACUUUGCCUAUAAAAAUCAAAACAAGCCUAUCGGCCUUAAUACUGAAAUUUAUUCUCCCUUUACUGUCUCUCAGAUUACCAAGGUUACCCCCGAUGCUAGUAUUUUCACUCUCACUCCCCAGGGUUCUAUCGAAAACAUGAAGAAUUUGGAUCCCAUUUCCAAAGUUACUAUUCGCAACCCAGAUAUGCAAGUUCAGCGUCCUUAUACCCCUUUGUACAUCAAUGAGGAUGACUUUAAGUUUUACAUCCGUAACUAUGAAGACGGACCCGUGAGUUCCUAUAUUCAUUCCAAGAAAGAAGGUGACACCGUCGAACUUCGUGGUCCCUUUAAGACUACCAAGCUAGACCAUACCAAAUUCUCCAGAAUUCUUGGCGUUGUUGCCGGUACUGGUUUUGCACCUAUUUAUCAGUUAGCUCAAAACUCAAAGGUUCCUGUCGAUAUCAUUUAUUGCGAACGUCCUGGUCAAGAGCCUGCUUUGAAGGAACGAUUAGAGAAAGAAUGUCCCAAUGUUCGUGUACGCACUAUUCAAGAUCGCUUAAUCAGUGCGGACGAUAUUUUUAAAUGGGAUGGUGUUGACGUUCCUUUGAGUGAAACUCUUUGUAUCAUUUGCGGUAAUCCCAAGUUUGUUGGUACAGUUGCUGGACCAAAGGCUGAAUUUGGAGCCAAGCAAGGCCCAGUCAAGGGACUUUUGGAAAACUCAUCUUUUGGCAAAGUUUGGAAGCUUUAA